AUGAAACUGUUAUUGGCAAUACUAUUAUUUAGUGUUUUUACAUUUGCUGAAGAAGAAUUCACUAUUGAUGAAGACUUUGACUUAGAAAGUGAUGACCUUGAUGAAUAUGAAUUAGACGAUGAAGAUGACGAUGAAGAUGAAUAUGAAUUAGACGAUGAAGAUGAAGAUGACGAUGAAGAUGACGAUGAAGAUGAAGAAUUAGAAGAUGAAGAAUUAGAAGAUGACGAUGAAGAAGAUGGGGAUAGUGAAUUUGAUUUAGAAGAUGAUGACGAUGAAGAACGAAGAAGACGUAGAAGAAGAAGAGGAUCAUGGAGAAGAUGGUUUAGAAGACAUCAUAGAAAACCAAGAAGACAUUAUCGUAGAAAAAGUCAUAGAAAACAUUUUAAGAAAAAUAACAGAAAGCAUAGAGCAAGAAAUAACAGAAGACACAGAAGAAGAAACAAUAAAAGAAAAAUAAACAGAAGAAGAUUGGUUAAAAAAUCAAAUAUUAAAAGAAGAGCUAAUAGGAGAAUUAAUAGAAGAAGACCAACUAGAAGAUAUAAGACAAAGAAAGCACAAAGAAAAGCAAGGUCAUUAUUAAGAAGAGUCAAAAGAAUGUUAAGAAAAAGAAUUAGUCCAAAACAAAAGAGACAAGCAAAAAAAGCACUUAAACAAUUAAAAAAAGUAAUUAGAGGAAAGGUUUCACCAAAGAAAGCUUUUAGACAAAUCAAAAAAAUUAAGAGAGUUGAAAAGAAAGUUGAAAGAAAGAUAAGAAAGAAUAGUUAUAAAGCACCAACAUCUUCAACAGCUUCAAAGAAAUGUAGCUGUUAUAAAGUAAAAGCACUCAAAUUAAAAUUAAAAAAAUUAAGUAAAAAGAUGUGUGACUUAAAAGCAAAAAUCUCAGUUGCUAAGAACGAGAUUAAACACCAAAAAUCUAAAAGACAUCAUUAUGUUAAAAAAGCAGAAAAACAAAUUGCCAAAUUACAAAAGAAAGUUGGCUCAGUUGCUAAGACAAUAGCUACUGCUAAAGUUACCAAACAAAUGAAUAAAAAGAAUGCAAAAGUUGUUGCUAAAAAAUCUGAAAAGAAAGUAGUAAAAAUUUUAAAGAAGAAGUAA